UACCAAUUUUUACAACAUCAUUAAAAUUGGAUAAUAUUGCAAAUGACAUAUCGUUUAUUACAUUAAAUCUGAUAUUAAUGAUACUGUAUGGAUCAUACUGCUAUUCUAUAAACAAAAUCAAACAAAUAUUUAAUAUAAUGGAAAACAAUUACUAUGAAUUAAAUAACAACGAAGAGCACAAAAUAAUGAAACAUUAUAUCGAUAUUGGAGCACAUUUAAUUAAAUUUCUUGCAAUAUGUCUAAUUCUAUGUUUCUUUCUUUCAAUGUUGGUGAUAUUAUAUCCCAUGGUUUUUAAUGUCAUAUUACCAUUAAACGAAUCUCGUAAAUUUAUUGUACUUUGCGAUUUAUAUUAUUUUGUGGAUCCACAGGAGUACGCUAUUAUCUUUUUAUUGUAUACAUUUGUUCUUAUUUUUAUUUUAUGUACGAUUAUUGGUACUCAAUUUACGACAAUAAUAUUCGUUCAACAUUGUUGCGGAUUUUUCAAAGUUGCCAGUUAUCGUCUGGAACAUGCGAUGGAUACAUACAAAGCGCAGAAUGAAAUCGAAAUAUAUUACAUUAUUUGUGCAAAAUUAAUCAAAGCAAUAGAAAUAUAUAAAUUAGCUAUCAAGUUUUUUAAAUAUGCAGUUGAUAUAUAUAAAAUUCCAUACACCAUGACUAUAUUCUUAUAUGUACUUGAUGUCAGUGUUCAAUUAUAUUAUGUUGUUUAUAUGCUUCAACAACUGCAGAGCAUCCAUAAAUUGUGCAUCAAUGUAAUAUUGCUGAUCGGUAAAUUUUGUUUUUUAUUCUUAGUCACUUACUUAGGACAGAAUAUAGAAAAUCAUAGUAGCGAAGUUUUCGAAAAAUGUUAUGAUAGUCUAUGGUAUACUGCACCAGUAGCUACAAGAAGAUUAUUAUUGAUUAUAAUGAUAAAUAUCAUGAAACCAUGUCAAUACGAAAUGUUUGGAGGAUUAUUUAAAGGCAACAUCGAAGGUUUUUCAAAGAUCAUUCGCGUAUGUAUCUCGUAUUUCAUGAGCAUAUAUUCGAUACAAUAAUGAACAUGUUGAACAUUUCAUAACAAACUGCGUGUAUUAUUGAACUCAAAAUAUGUUUACCGCACCAUUAAUUUGUAAUAAUAUUAAUAAAUAAGCAUAAUUUAUGCAA